CUUCGGUGCAGUGCGGCUCAGCCUUACCUCUGCGGGCUUAUGCGUGCGGAUCAUUCGAAAAAAAACACCUCAAUUGCAUCCACAUUGGAUGCAGUACGAUCAAUGCAUGCAACUGGAUGUCCCCUCCUGCCCACCGCACGUCCUGCCUCAUCGAAAACCCGUCGAAGCCAGCCGAAAAGGGGAAUUCGCCUUUGGCUUGCCUUGUUUGCUGUAUCUGCAAACGCCAAAGCAACCCAAGUGCAGCGUAGAGAUAGAGAGGAAGAGGGAUCGGGAACGGGAAAACGCGAGAGCAGCACAACGAGCCAUGCAGCGCAAAACAGCGCACGUGAUACGUCGGGAGGCCGUGCAUCUUUCAGAUGCUGGCCCACGCAUCCCCACUGAUGGCUUCCUUCCUUCGGUGCCCACACGCAAACAAACAGCCACACACGGUGACUUACUAAGACAUCCCCACCGGCCGCACACACAUACGGCAUCAAUGGCAACUUCAUUGGUUUGACGCCACUCAUUCGAAUCACAUCCCUCCCCUUCCACCACCUACACUACUAUGGCGUCACCAAUUAGCACAGAGUCAGCGAGUUCGACGGGCAGCUUGCAUGUCUCGGUCGAUAGAAAGAACCCCACCUGAGCUGUGCUGACCGUUUCCGCGGUGAAAUUGACCGUCAGGAAGGCCACCCCGGUCGGAGGCGGGUUCUUGAUAAGCUCUUCGGAGGGCGCUAUGAACACCUGCAUUAUACAGACGGAAACAAACGAGAUGGGCAGCUAAACCGCAGGAAGACGCCUGGGUUCAGCUGCAAAGGCUGACCACGUCCUCGAAGGUGAUUCUGUCCUUGUCAGUGUCGGCGUCGGACUCGCCAACCACUUCGUUCAUGACCCCUUGGACAGUGAUAUCGACGUCGCCCACGAGGCUGAACAACAAGGCAGACACGGACGCAAAGAUGGACAGACCCAGGCGAUAGAAUCGAUUUCCUGUGAAUGAAGUGGAGUCGCUCGGUUUGUCCUCUUUCCCACCUGUUGGAAGCUAUGACCAGCACGGGUUCUUUGAUACCCUGGCAAGCAGAGCACAACAACAGCAGGACAGGGGUGACGCAUACGCCCCCGCGUACGUACGUGCGUUCGUACCUCUGGUAUGCUGUUGAGGGGCACAGUAACGUCCAGAAUGACCUGUCGCGUCUUUUUGCCGACAAAGGCAUUGACAAUGUGCGGUUUCAUAUUGCCCUCGAACGCCAGCGUUGCACAGAUUUCCUCGUAUCCAUCGGUCUGCUCCGUCACUUGACUGACGUCGUCUUUCGUCAGCCGCGCAGCGCCAACCUUCUUGACGCUGCCUGCUGCGUCCCGCACAGACAUUUUGACAUUCUCUCUCCUUUUGAGGCUCUUGCCAUCCUCCCUGCUUCGGUGGAGCAGCUCUAUCUUCCCCCGGAUGUCCUCGAGCUUCUCUCUCAAUUGCAAGUUGGCGUCAAGCGGCGACGGAAGGGAGCUUUGCACCACCGGCUGAGCGAAGGCCGCAGCAAGGAGGAAGAGGGCCGUGGCACUCAUAUUUUCCCGGACGCACGCAUUUACG